UUUAAUUGUUAAUUGUUAAUUGUUAAUUGUUAAUUGUUAAUCGGUAAUUGGUAAUUGGUAAUUUUAAAAUUUCUAAUUGCUGCUUGUUUAAUUCAUUGUUAUUCCACUUUUUACCCUUCUAUUAAUUAUUUAGUUUUCCAGAAUGCCAAACUAUAACCAACAUCAUCACGAUGAUGAUGAUGAAUCAAUCUAUUCUAAUGAUUCAAAUGAUGUUAAACCUUUUGAUCCUACUUUUGAUCAAUCUCAAUCAAAUAAACCAACCACAACCCAAAAUAUUGUCUCAAAGAUGUUAACAAAUCUUUCUUCAAAAUCAAAGAAAUCAGUUGCCUUUUCAAAAAACAUCGAUGAUAUUGAAACUCAAAACAAUGAUGAUUUAUUAUCAAACCAUUUAUCAAACAUCUUAUCAAAUCCCCAAGCUAUUGAUAUGAUUCAAUCCUUAGCAAGAACUCUUUCAAGAAGAACUAAAGUUCAAAUGGAUCAUUUUGAGAUUAAUGAUGACGAUUUUGAUUUAAAAUUAUUAUUGAAUUAUUUAAACGCAAAAUCUUUGGAACAAGGAAUUGAAAGUUCUUCUGCAGGUAUUGCUUUCAAAGAUUUAACCGCUGUUGGUGUUGAUGUAUCAGCAGCCUAUGCUUCAUCUGUUGAAGAAAUGCUUAGAGGUUUCUUUAAAUGGCCUUUGAAGUUCUUCAAAAGUGAUUCUACACCUAUUAGACAAAUUAUUAGAAAUUUCACUGGCGUUAUUGAAGCAGGUGAAAUGUGUUUCGUUGUCGGUAGACCUGGUGCAGGUUGUUCAUCUCUUUUAAAAUGUUGUUCAGGUGAAACCGCUGAUUUUGUUGAAGUUACAGGUGAUUUUUCUUACGAUGGUUUAUCUCAAAAGGAAAUGAUGGAUAAUUACAAAGGUUACAUUAUUUAUAAUCCAGAAUUAGACUUCCAUUUUCCUUUAAUUACUGUCAAAGAGACAGUCGAUUUUGCUUUGAAAACUAAAACACCAGCAAAAAGAAUUGACGGUAUCUCUAGAUCUGAAUAUAUCAACAAUAUGAGAGAUUUAUGGUGUACUGUUUUCGGUUUAAGACACACUUAUUCUACAAACGUUGGAAAUGAUUUCGUUAGAGGUGUCUCUGGUGGUGAAAGAAAGAGAGUUAGUAUUGUUGAAGCCUUGGCUUGUAAUGCUUCCAUUUAUUCCUGGGAUAAUGCUACUAGAGGUUUAGAUGCCUCAACUGCCUUAGAGUUUACUCAAGCUAUUCGUGCUGCAACUAAUCUUUUAAACAAUUCUGCUUUAGUUGCAAUCUACCAAGCCGGUGAAAACAUUUAUCAAUUGUUUGAUAAAGUUACUGUUCUUUAUUUGGGAAAACAAAUUUAUUUUGGUCCUGCUGGUGAAGCUCGUGCUUAUUUCGAAAAAAUGGGUUGGUAUAAACCUGAUCGUAUGACUACUCCUGAGUUCUUAACCUCUAUUACUGAUCCAAAUGGAAGAUUUCCAAAACCUGGAUACGAGAACACAAUCCCAAAAACAGCCGAUGAAUUUGAACAAUAUUGGUUAAAUUCCUCUGAAUAUCAAAAUUGUUUAGCCGAAUAUGAUCAAUAUAUUGUUGAUCAUCCUGCUGAUGACACAAGACAAAGAUUAGCUUUAGCUACUACUCAAAGAAAACAAAAGUUUCAAAGAAAGCAAUCUCAAUUUGUGGUCACUUACUUUUCUCAAUUAUUCUAUUUAAUUCAAAGAGGUUUCCAAAGAGCUAAGGGUGAUUUAACUUACCAAGUUAUUUAUCUUUCUUCUUUCUUAACUAAAGGUCUUAUUGUUGGUUCUAUGUUUUAUAAAAUCCCUUCUGGAACAGAUGGUGUUUAUUCUAGAGGAGGUCUUUUGUUUUAUUGUUUAUUGUUCUGUGCUUUAACUUCUCUUGCUGAAAUUGCUCAUUCUUUUGAACAUAGACCCAUUGUUGUAAAACAAAAAACAUAUUCAAUGUAUCAUCUUUCCGCCGAGGCUUUGCAAGAAAUCGUCACUGAAAUUCCUAUUAAAUUUAUUGGUGUGAUUAUUCUCUGCUUGACAUCAUAUUGGAUGCCUCAUUUAAAACAUGAAGCCGGUGCCUUUUUCCAAUAUAUGCUAUUUUUAUUGUUGAUUCAACAAUGUAUGUCUUUUAUCUUUAAGUUUGUUGCAACAAUUACCAAAGAUGGUGGUACUGCUCAUGCUAUUGCAGGUUUAUGGAUUUUAAUGUUAUCUGUUUAUACUGGCUUUAUUAUUCCUUUGCCCAAAAUGCAUCAUUGGAUAAAAUGGAUCAACUGGUUAAACCCAAUGAGAUAUACUUAUGAACAAUUGUUAGCCGUUGAAUUUCAUGGAAAGAAAAUGGCUUGUGAUAACUUGAUUCCUUCUGGUAAUGGUUAUGAAAAUGUUUCUAUUGUCAACCAAAUCUGUUCCGUUGCUGGUUCUAUUGCCGGUCAAGAUUGGGUUUCAGGUGAUUCUUAUAUUACCUCAAAGUUUAGAUACCAUUAUUCUCACGUUUGGAGAAACUUUGGUAUUAAUAUUGCUUGGACCGUUGCAUUUAUUAUAUUAAAUGUUCUUUUCUCUGAGUUUAUGAAAAAUGUUGAAGGAGGUGGUGAUAUGUUGUUGUAUAAAAGAGGCCAUUUGCCAAAAGAUGCUUCCGAAGCUAUUGAUGGAAAGGUUGCUUCAAGAGAAGAAAUGAUGGUAGCUCUUAAUGGUCCCAAUGUUGAUUUGAAAAAAGUUAUUGCUGUAAAAGAUGUUUUUUCAUGGCAAAAUCUAAACUACACUAUUCCUUAUGAUGGAGCAACAAGAAAAUUAUUAGAUAACAUCCAAGGUUAUGUUAAACCAGGUACUAUGACUGCUUUAAUGGGUGAAUCAGGGGCAGGUAAAACUACUCUAUUAAAUACUCUUGCUCAAAGAAUUAACUUUGGUGUUAUUACCGGUGACAUGCUAGUUAAUGGUAGACCAAUUGACUCUUCAUUUAAAAGAAGAACAGGUUAUGUUCAACAACAAGAUUUGCAUUUAUCAGAAUACUCUGUCAGGGAAUCUCUUAGAUUUGCAGCUGAUUUACGUCAACCUAAAGACGUUCCUCAAUCAGAGAAAUAUGAAUAUGUUGAAAAAAUUAUUGAUUUAUUGGGUAUGCAAAACUACGCUGAAGCUGUUGUUGGUAAAAUAGGUAGAGGUUUGAAUGUUGAGCAAAGAAAAAAACUUUCUAUUGGUGUUGAAUUAGUUGCCAAACCUUCAUUGUUACUUUUCCUUGAUGAACCAACCUCUGGUUUGGACUCGCAGUCUGCCUGGUCAAUUAUUCAAUUUUUAAGGGCUCUUGCUGAUUCUGGACAAGCUAUAUUGUGUACCAUUCAUCAACCUUCUGCUACUUUAUUUGAAGUUUUUGAUAGAUUAUUAUUGUUAAAAAAGGGGGGUAAAACAGUGUACUUUGGUGACAUUGGUGAAAAUUCAUCUUCUUUAUUAAACUACUUUGAAAGACAAUCUGGUGUUAAGUGUGGAAAGUCUGAAAAUCCAGCUGAAUAUAUUCUUAAUCGUAUUGGUGCUGGUGCCACUGCCUCUGCAUCCUCUGACUGGCACGAUUUGUGGAUACAAUCGCCUGAAUACGCUAGUACCACUCGAGAAAUUGCCUUGUUACAUCAAGAGUUGCCUAAAAAACCAAUGCCUGAAAAUUCUGAUGUUUUAAAGUCAAGAUUUGCUACUUCAUAUAAUAAACAAAUGUGGUGUGUUCUUAAAAGGACUUUUAUUCAAUUCUGGAGAUCACCAGUUUAUAUCAGAGCUAAAUUUCUUGAAUGUCUUUUAUGUGCUUUAUUUGUUGGUUUCUCAUUUGUUGGUUUAAAUCACUCUAUUUCUGCUGCUAAUGGAGCCAUUUCUUCUGUUUUCAUGGUUCUUUUAAUUUCAUUAGCUAUGAUUAACCAAUUGCACGUUUUUGCAUACGAUACAAGAGAGUUAUUUGAAGUUAGAGAAGCAGCUUCCAAUACUUUCCAUUGGUCUUGUUUGUUAUUGUCUCAUACAUUUGUGGAAAUUUUCUGGAGUACAAUAUGUGAAUUCCUUUGUUUCUUGUGUUUUUGGUUCCCUGCUAGACAAAGUGGAUGGAGCGUUACAACUGGUUAUUUCUUCUUGGUUUAUGUUAUUAUGUUUCCAAUUUAUUUCUGCUCUUAUGGUUUGUGGGUUUUAUACUUUUCACCAAAUGUUCCAUCCGCCUCCAUGAUUAAUUCCAACUUAUUUGCUUCUAUGUUGUUAUUUAAUGGUAUUUUGCAACCGGCUCAAUUUAUGCCAGGAUUCUGGACUUUUAUGUACAAAGUUUCUCCAUAUACCUAUUUUGUUCAAUCAUUUGUUGCUCCAUUGGUUCACAACAGACCAAUUCAUUGUUCUAAAGAUGAAUAUUUGGUUUUUGAUCCUCCAGAAAAUCAAUCCUGUGGCGAAUUUAUGUCAACUUAUAUUGAGGAUAAUGGGGGUUACAUGGAAGAUGCUGAUGCUAGUUCAAGCUGUCAUUACUGUGAAUUUACUACUCAAGAAGAAGUAGUUGGUCAGUUUAAUAUCAAAUGGUCUUACAGGUGGAGAAACUUUGGGUUCUUUUUUGUUUACAUCAUCUUCAAUUUUGCUGCUAUGUUGAUUUGUUAUUAUUACAUGAGAGUAAAAGUCUGGUCCUUUAAAUCUAUUUUAGAUUUCAAGAGCUGGUUCAAUGGCCCAAGAAAAGAAAGACAUGAACCAGAAACCAACAUUUUUGCUGAGAAAGCUGGUGAUGAUAAUUUUAUUAAACCAAAGAAAGAAAAUUAGAUUAAUUCUACGAUAUUCUGUUGUCAUAUCAAAUACAUAUUCUUUUUAAAAAUAUUCUUAAUAACUAAUAUUCAACUACAUCUUUUUAUA